AAGUAGCAGCAUUUGCCACCUGCGGAGGGAAGCUUCGCCGCAAAGGAUCUUACAGCAAUUUCCUGCUUUGGACUGUAACUUAGAGACACAUGUAAUGCAUUCGCUUGCGCAGGAAAUUAAAUCGUUUUCCAAGACUAACUUGAGAAAGCAAUGCACCCGGGUGACAACAUUAAGUGGGAGGAGGAUCAUAGAAACAUGGAAAGGUUCCACCGUGCAUGUAGUUGAAGAUACCGUGCAGCCCGGGACUGCCUGUGGAUAUGUUCAAGACAACACCUGGGAUCUCCAAGUUGGCGUUAUUAAGCCUUAUCUUCUGCUCGCCUCGCAAGACGCUGCCCAAGACUUCGGCACAUUAAGGAAAUUUAAGGUUUCCCAUAUAUUGAACGUUGCAUAUGGUGUCGAAAACGCAUUUGCAGACCUAUUUAUUUAUAAAACUUUGAGUAUACUGGAUCUUCCGGACACUGUCAUCACCUCAUAUUUCCAAGAUUGCUUCGAGUUCAUAGACAAAGCCAAAUCAGAGAAAGGAGUUGUGCUGGUCCACUGUAACGCUGGAACCUCUCGCUCUGCCGCGGUAGUCAUCGGAUACCUGAUGUCAAAGGAUGGGCUGGCUUUUGAUGAUGCCUUUGCUGCUGUGAAAGUGGCAAGGUCAGCUAUUUGUCCAAAUCCAGGUUUUCUUGAACAGUUGAAAAAAUAUAGACCACAAGGGGAACUACAAAUCAACGGUGUCGCCCACACCUGAACAGCAUUUCAAUGUAUGGAAAUAUUUGGCAGUGAAUUUCAUACUGUUUAAAAUUCAGAGGGCUAGCCUGUGGUAGGCCUAUGUUGGUUCAAGUCUGACCACAGAGUUACCCUGUAGCUGUGAAUUUCUUUGGGCUGUUCAAAUGAAAAUACUUAAAUAUCAUGCGUAAGUUCUUCUCAUCAGUGACAAAUCACUGGAUUUAUUUUAUUUUUUACUUUUUCAAUUGUGGGAGUAGCAUUUAAGUAACAAUACCUGGUAGAUAUGGAGAGUAUUGUAUUAAUUGAAUUUUCAUUGAAUUGUAUACACACAAUUUACACUAAAAAGCCUUAAGUUUUUUUGUUGCAGAUUUGUCCUGACUUUGUUUUACCCUGUGUCACUUAAAAAGAUGAUUGCACUCAAAUGUCUUGUAUUUUGUAUUUGAGAUUAAAUAAUGAUCUUAUUUGUGACCUUAAAAAUAAAUAAUCUUUCUUAAAACAUGCAAACAGUCUUAAAGCACAUUAUAUAAAAUUAAUUAAGAAUUUCCACCGUUUCCACAGUUUCAUUACAAUUUAACCAUUAUAGUUUAUGUGGCAUUUUUUAAAAAUAGUCUUGGUGAGUUAUAGUAAGGUUUUUGUUUUUAAAAUGUAAACUUUUGUUUAUUCUUUGCUUUUUAGUGGCUGUUCCUUAGGUAAUGCUGUUCUGAAUGGUUGUAAUUUGCUGAAUUGUUAUUUAUUUUCAGAAUGGCUUUAUUUUUAUGUACAUGUGUUCUGCUGAGAUGGCAGUUUUUGUCCUAGAAUGGUGGAGCUUAUGGUUUUGGAUUCAUCCAUUCUGUCCAGGACAGGAGGUGUUCUAAAGUUUGGUUAAUGCAUGAAAG